AUGCUGCAUUUCAAGCUACCACAACAGGGCUUCGCUCCAAGAAAGUCAUCGGGUCAGGACUUGUUCCAGAGCCACUGCAAGCAUUUUCAAUCAGUGAAAAUCUACCGGACUUCGCAUAUAUACUUCUCGUCUUUGAAUAAAAGUACUGGAGUACGGAUUGUGGAGGUUGGACCACGAGAUGGGUUGCAAAAUAUCAAGAAAUCUGUCCCAACAGAUAUCAAGGUGGAAUUAAUUCGGAGGCUGUCAAGGACGGGCUUGUUAAAUAUUGAGGCAACUUCUUUCGUCUCUCCAAAAUGGGUUCCUCAACUCGCAGACGGCCAUCAGGUCAUGGAAGAGAUACUCAGCAGCCCCGGACCCGAGCAUCAAGGUCAGCAAUUGAGGUUUCCGGUUCUGGCGCCCAAUCUGAAAGGGCUUGGGAAUGCACAUCAGGCUGGGGCUAAAGAGGUUGUGGUUUUUGCCUCAGUGACAGAAGCCUUCAGUAAGGCCAACCAAAACUGCACAGUCGAACAAGCUCUGCAGCAGGCUGAAGCUGUGACAAAAAGUGCCCUUCAGCUAGGUAUCAAAGUUCGGGGUGUAGUUUCUUGCGUGUUCUCCGAUCCAUUUUCGGGACCAACACCCCCUGAGGCCGUUCUUCCGGUUGUUCGUAGGUUGCUGGAAAUGGGGUGUUACGAGGUUGGUCUCGGGGACACCUUAGGUGUUGGAACUCCCAGACAGGUUCAAGAUGUGCUUCACAUACUUCUCAGUCAUAUCCCUGCCGAUAAACUUGCCGGUCACUUCCAUGAUACCUACGGUCAAGGUAUAGCAAAUAUUGUUCGCGCAUACGAGAUGGGAAUUAGGACUUUCGACAGCAGCGUUGCAGGUUUGGGCGGCUGUCCCUAUGCCCCUGGUGCCAGGGGCAAUGUGGCAACAGAGGAUGUUGUGUAUUCCCUUGAGAAUGCAGGAAUUUCAACUGGCGUAGAUAUUGAAAGGCUUGCCGAUACCGGGCAAUGGAUAUCCGAAAAGAUCGGUAUUCCAAAUGGGAGCAGGGCAGGUUCUGCUCUCGUCGCAAAGAAGAAAAGCAAAAUCCCAGCCGCCACAACUUCUCCGGCGAUGAGUACCACUAGACAGUGGGAUGCUGUUGAGGACACUGGAGAGUAUCGCAUCUCCCGAUCCGGAGUGGUUCUCAAGGUCACCUUAACGCGUCCAAGGAAUGGGAACUCGUUAACGGAUUCUAUGCUAGAAAGGUUGACCAUACUAUUCAAAAGCCUCACAAACGACCCGUCAGUCUACCACGUUGUAAUAGAGUCUGAAGGCAAGUUCUUUUGCACCGGGAUGGACCUCAGCGGCAACACCGAUACAUUCAAUAAUUCCGGGGAGUCCAGCUACUAUUCGAAAGUUGCCGCAUUAUACGACGCCAUCGACCACGUUCCACAAACUACUAUUGCUGUUGUUGAUGGCCCUUGCUUCGGAGGCGGGGUCGGGUUGGCAUUUGUUUGCGACAUCCGAUUGGCCUCGCCACGCGCGAGAUGGACAUUGAGUGAGAUCAAGAUCGGCGUGAGUCCUGCAGUGAUCUCCAAGUAUCUUGUUCGAGAAUGGGGCGUCUCCUUGGCCCGGGAGGGGAUGCUGUCAGGACGCGAGAUUAGACCCGACGAACUCUGGCGGAGAGGAGCACUUCAUCAAAUAAGUGAUGAAAAAACAUCAUUAGAGUCUCUGCUUGAUAACUACUUAAACCAGUUGGAGAAAUGUGCACCGCGGUGCGCGGCUGUCAACAAGGAGUUGGUCAGGCUUGGCUGGCAUGCCCCAGAAAGUACAGCACAGAAAGACUUGAUCAAGACAACAUUUGCCGAGAUGAUGACACCGGGGUCUGAGGGAGAGCAUGGUAUUGGAAAUUUCCAGAAAAAAAUCAAGUCGUUCAGCUGGAAAAAUUUCUGGGGCGGCCGGAAUCCUGUUGGGAGGCCAAUUCUGGGAAGUCGAGAGUCGACUUCCGACAAAUUUUGA